AUGACUAUUGUCCUGCUCGUCCUUUGCAUGUCCUCUGUCCGCGCCGCCUAUGUCGAAUUUCACAAUUGUCUGGAUAACAAUAUUGUCAAUUCGGAUCCGCGCAUCCUACAAUUUGUCCCCUACAACGUGUCUGCCGUAUUCAACAGCUCUCCGACCUCCGAUCGACAUCAUCUCAACAUCACUGUAUUUGGGAAUGUUACUGGGAAGGCCACCGAACAGCCCUAUCCUCCUCCUGACGACCCGUCAUGGGCCAAUCCAAACGACACUUUUGGCAAGAUCCCCGACUUGAGCGAGUCAAACAACAAGUACACCACCCUAUUUACCCGUGUUAAUUUCUUAGGGUACACUCCAUGGAAUGCAGACCCUUCGCGGUUCUGUGAGUCCGUGGUUCAUGGAGAAUGCCCCCUGGCUCCCGCCUUCUACAUCAACGAAAACGACCUGGACCAUUUACCCGCCUUCUCUGUUGCACACGAUUUAUUCUCCAGUUACGCUUUCGCCUCACUUGAAGCCACGUUGAGAGUUCAGUCGGGCGAUGCCAGCGGACAAUUCUACAGCUGUGUUACCGCUACGAUUACUCCCGACCUGGGAGGAUCUCUCAAGGCCAUACUCAGAUAUGUACCGCUCGUGGUACUGAUCGUGGUCGGAGUCGCUACCAUCGCCGCCGCUAUUCUGAGUCCGUGGGGCUCUGCGGACCUGUUUCAUUGGAGCAGCAAUUUUGGGCGUGACGAGGAUUUACUACGCCUAGUCACUCCCGGAUUUGGAGACUGUUUGCAAUACAUUCAAUUUGUGGUCCUGACCGGCAGUCUGUCCUUGAACUAUCCUGGCUUCUUUCAGCCAGCAGUGAGCCGCGUCGCCUGGUCCUCGCUCAUGUUCAACGAGAGUUUCGUGACUGGCGGAAAUGGCACCCAGAGCCCGGUCGACGGGAUUUAUGAAUAUCAUCAGAACACCAAAUAUGGUCUUGAUCGAAUGAGCCAACUGGUUGGCAUGACCUCAGACAAAGAUAUCUGGGCCGACAUGAUCGUGUGGCUGGUGGUCAUCGUUGCUGCCGUCUCGAUAUUGACUCAAGUUGGAUUUGCGGUCCGCUGGAUCUAUCGAAAGAUCCAGAGGGAGCCGCCAGAGGAUCUGCGUUCCAAAAAUGGACCGUUCACUGUUGGAAACGUCGUCCGGCUGGUCAUGAACUUUUUCUUUCUGCCUUUGGUAUCGCUGUCAUUCUAUCAGUUGGUGAUUGCCGGGAAAGGCCCGGCCUACUCCGUUGCCCUUGCAGCGGUGGCGCUGGUUUUGGUCGUCGCAUUUUUGAUCUGGGUGCUGUUAUUAUUUGUUCGGACGAGACCACGCUCGUUCCUCUUCGACGACUUUCUGAUGGUCCUUGCUUACGGGCCUCUAUAUAACACCUACUGCGACGACGCGGCCACCUUUUCAUUGAUUCCUCUUCUCGUCAACCUUGUCCGGGGCAUCGCAAUUGGGGCUGUCCAGCCGUCCGGAAUUGCACAAAUUGUGCUGCUAGCAAUCUGUGAGAUUGUUAUGAUUCUUACAAUUAACGCCUUCCGGCCAUUUCCGUCUGCCACCUCCAUGAACAUCUACCACACUUGCUUCUCCGUUAUCCGACUUAUCACCAUCCUUCUUUUUAUAGCUUUUGUGCCUGCACUAGGCGUUCAGGAUUCGUCGAGAGGCUGGAUCGGGUACGCGAUCCUCACUAUUCAUGCCUGCACCAUGGUCUUUGGGUUCUUCCUGAAUGCCGUACAGACCUUGGUCGAAGUCAUUGCCCGCCUUGCAGGUGCGGGCGGACGGGAUGAAGCAACAGGGGCCGCCACUAGAGGUGGGUUGAACAAGGUAUUUGGAAUGCGACAACUGUCUCGACGAAUGCCGCGGCGAGCUACUCAGGACCCGCGCCAUAGUAUGUCAUCGAAUGCGGCCAUGCUGAACGCCAUCGAAAACGACCAACAGAAGCUCCAGAUGGCGAAGACCAGGUCGCGCAGUGUCUCGGCUACGUCAGGCGUUCUCCUGGAAGGCGGUGCAAACUCCAACCGGAUCAGCCAGAACCUCGAUGGUCGUGUUGUCGGCCACACCACUCCUGAUAGAUCCAGCAGGGGAUCAAGGCGACUUACCGCCCGGCUUAGUGGUACGGGGUCCCUGGGUGGGAUCGUCGGCAUUCAGAAGCAGGUGGAACAAAAAGACCCGUACUAUCGACCACCGCGCAGAAACACAAUGGAUGCACUUGCUGGAGUCGACAGUCGUCCAAAUUUGGCUCAGGUGUCGUCAAAGGGGGCCGUGGCAACUGAAGGAGCUGUCGAGGACGAUGCUGGGGAAGGUCCCUCUACUCCUAUGCCUUUGGAAAACGACGACUUCGAAGACAUCACGAAUGAUUUGACGAGGACAAAGACCGACUACGCGGUGAGAGAGGUUGACUUCUACUACGGUGUCCGGGGUGCUGCUCUCUCCAGUGGAACUAGGAAGCUCAAGACUGGACCAGCUGAUCCGACCGGGCCUGUCUCUACUGCCACCGGGUGGUUCAAAAAUCUUCUAGGCGGCAAGACCAAAGAGAAGAACAAGGGAUUUGAGGUGGUCCGGAGUGCCCGUGCUCCUCCUCCCGGGCUGUUCCCACCACACGCUCCUGUCCGAGAAAGCCAGGUCACGGAGCCUUACCACGACGACGUCCGCAGCAUAGAAGAGAGCCAGACUGAUCGAAACAGCGCAGGAAUCUCGUCACCACCACCACAACCCAAGGUUCAAAGGCAGAGCCACAACCAAAGUGUUUAUGACGACAUCUCUGUUGCAGAGUCUGACGAUGAGGAGGAAGCAGAGAGUCACGUCCCAGAAAGACCACCGUCGUUGCCCCUGAUCGAAUCCGUCGGUGGCAUUGAAUUGCCCAGCCGUAUUGGGUCGGAGGCUUCAAGGAAAUCCCGUGGCAAACCCCCACGCACACAUGACACAGACAUUCCAGCAGUUCCCGCUAUUCCUCGCAAGAGUUCACGAAGACAGUCCGGUGGCGAUUCGGGGGACAGAGGGCUGGCCGAGUCUGCAUUACCUGCAGCGCGUCCAGCUAACGUUACAUCCCGAAAAGCGCCGACGCAGCCGCUAGGAACUAGCCGCAUUCCUUUCGCGAAUACCCAGCCGUCGACCGCCCGCAACAAGAGGUAUUCAACUGGGGCAGAAUCAACAACGUCGAGCGUUAUCCGUGACGGGGACGAAAAUACUCCCGUGCACCCGUCGUAUACAAGUCAGAUGCGCCAGUCAGCCACAUCCGCCCUGGGAACCCAUGGAGCCGAUCUCCGCAACGACCAGCCGUCCAACAUGGGUUUCGUGCAACAACAUAGGGCCAGCGACCACAUACACCACAGUCCGGGUUCGCCUGAGUUCGAAGGUAGCACUGCUGAAGUUCACGGGCACCCGGCUUAUUGA